AUGAUUUAUAUUAUUAUCUCAUUUUCGCGCGGCAUUUACAGAUUUGCUUACCUAGAGGUGGAGACAAAUCGCGAUUUUGACGACACUAUUCAGGCCUAUGCUGCUGGGAUUGUUGAGGGAGCUUUGUCUUACGAAUUGAUUUACUAAGCCUACAGCCAAAGUAUAAUGGCAAACCGUAUAGCAAUUGAUGGAGAAAGCUGGACUCGCCAUUUUUCACUGUACAACAGUGGGACUUACAACAAUCAGUGGAUGAUUGUAGACUACAACCUCUUUACUCCUGGGAGUAGCAUUAAGCCGAACAUUUGGGUUUCAGAACAAAUGCCUGGUUGUAUUGAAAAUGCAGAUCUGUCGGACCUCCUUUUGCUACAGACAUAUUUCCCCAGCUACAACACUCCAUAGUACUUUGAAAAUAUAUUCAACAUGAGUGGUCAGCCAGCAUAUGUUGAGAAAUAUGGUGACUGGUUUUUUUAUGAUAAAACAGUGAGGGCUUUAAUAUUUGAGCGUGAUCACAUAACAGUUAAAGAUAUGAAAUCCCUUUUAAAACUGAUGCGUUACAAUGAUUUCAAGAAUGACCCAUAUUCUCAUUGCGAGUGUGAACCUCCCUACACUGGAGAGAACGGCAUAUCAGCUAGGAGUGAUCUUAAUCCGGCCAAUGGGACAUAUCCAUUUUCAACUCUGGCGCGUAAAAUUCAUGGUGGAAUAGAUGCCAAGGCAACCAACUAUGAAAUGUUUAAGAAUUAUAAGUUUCUCGCAGUGAGUGGGCCAACCAACGAUGAUCAGCCUGUAUUCAGAUGGAGUGAACUUGAAGAAGCUGAUAUAAUACCACAUUAUGGGCAUCCAGAUGAAUGGAAUUUUCCUGUGGUUGAGCAUGAAUGGAUUUGGUAAGAAACAGACCAAGCUGUAUCACAAGGGAUUAUAUUUAAAUUUCUGGAACUCUACAAAUGCUUUACAUACUGGUUUUUCAUAAACAACAAAUUAUUAAAUUAUAAAAUAUCAUUUACUAGGCUAUGACCAUAGAUUUGACUGCAAGAAACAUGAAGGAUUGAUAAACUUUGAUGUAAGGAAAUUUACUUUCUUGUGAAAGUAUCUUAAAAUACAUCUUAGAAGUACUACUUGGUAAAUUACUGAAACCUUCAUUAAA